AUGACCAACAGCAUGCGAUCCCGAUUCAAAGAUGAGCACUCGUUUGAGAAACGCAAAGCAGAAGCCGAUCGUAUACGAGACAAGUAUCCAGAUCGUAUCCCAGUGAUUUGCGAAAAGGUCGACAAGAGCGAUAUCCCCACCGUUGACAAGAAAAAGUACCUCGUACCAGCCGAUCUCACAGUUGGACAAUUCGUCUAUGUCAUUCGAAAGCGGAUCAAGCUCAACCCUGAAAAGGCCAUCUUUAUCUUUGUUAAUCAAGUAUUGCCUCCCACUGCUGCUCUGAUGAGUGCCAUAUACGAAGAACACAAGGAUGAGGAUGGAUUUUUAUACAUUGCGUACUCUGGUGAAAACACGUUCGGAUCAAGUUCGAUGUUGUAG